AUGGCAGGCCUUGAUCUCCACCUGGACCCCAGCGUAGGAUGCUUUUUCAUCGGCAUACUUUUCUCGGUAAUCUUCUACGGCGUAACAUGUGCGCAAGUACUAUUCUACCUCUGGGAAUAUUCGAUGGAUAGAUGGUGGAUGAAGAGUGUGGUCGCUCUCCUGUUUGUCCUGGAUACGGCGGCGACUGUGGCCGACUUGGAUAUACUCUGGGGAUACAUCGUAAUCAAUCACGGCAACCCUCUGGGCCUAACUGUCCUGACAAACUCGUUUCUUGUAGAAUAUGCUGUUUCUGCUGCCACUGUCCUUUUCGUACAAUGCUACUACAUGCGCAACGUCUGGCAAUUCCUCCACGAACGUUGGUACCGGGUACCGCUCACCAUCAUUGCUCUCUCAUUUCAUGUGCAUGUAGCCUUGCGUUUAUUUAGGAACAUUGAUCGGGAAGUCCCAGGCAUCUUUGAUAAGACCAAGAUCCCUGCGUCGCUUCAGACCGUAGCUGCCUCUGUCGCGGAUAUCUACAUCACGACGUCGCUGACGUUCAUCCUUCGCGGAGAGCGAACCGGAUUCAAGCACACGGAAACUCUGAUACGCAAGCUGACUACGUACGCCAUCAAUCGCGGUGCUCUGACGACUGCGCUCCAGAUUGGCCAGUUCUUUACGUAUGUGCUCCUCCCUGAGACAUCAUUCGUCUGGGCCAUUUUCCACUUCGUCGGUUGUAAGGCCUAUGUCAACUCGCUCCUAGCAAUCCUCAAUGCCCGCCACUACUUGCGUACGCAGGGCUCAUCCCGAGGUAACGCCAGCGCCGUCUCUGCGCAAGACAUCAACCUCGAAAGUCUAUCUCGGCAGACUGGGCAGGACACGAAGAAUGCAUGGCAGAGGACGCAUCAUCUAGGCCAGAAGAGCGUACCGACACCGGCUGUGAUAAAGUUAACCACAACUACAGAAAUCAUUGGUGACGAUGGCAAAGCCUUGCUGGAGGAAAGUCGAACCAACAGCAGUCAGGCGUAG